UUUACUCUCUCUUCAUUCAAAUUUUUCUUUCACAUUUUUAUUUUUAAAAUUUAAAUAAAUAAAAGGUCUCUUCAAAUUACCGAACUCACACACUGAAACACAAAACUCAAGACUCAGAGUCAGACCAAGAAAACGAAGAAGAAGAAGAAGAUAAUGGAGAAAGGCACACCAGUGACGGUGAGGAAGCCUCACUCUUCCACUUCCGAUCUUCUCACCUGGACGGAGGCUUCUCCCUCCUCUGCCUCCACCGCCCCUACCUCUGCUCCUCGCUCUCAUCAGCCGUCCGAUGGAAUGAAAAAAGUGUUGCAUGGGGGUCAAGUGACGGAAGAUGAAGCUCAAAGCCUCUUGAAAAAGAAGCCUUGUUCAGGGUAUAAAAUGAAAGAGAUGAAUGGAAGUGGUAUAUUCACUGACAAUGGUGAUGGAACCCCUCAAUCUGAUGCUGGUAAAUCUGGUUCAAAAACAGGGCUGCGUGUAUAUCAGCAAACUGUGAACAAAAUGAGUCAGAUAUCGUUCAGUGCUGAUGGGAGAAUCUCCCCCAAGAAGCCAAGCUCUAUCCCAGAGGUUGCCAAGCAACGUGAACUAAGUGGAACCUUGCUAAGUGAUUCCGAUUCAAAGGUUAAAAAGCAGGUAUCAUGUGCUAAGAACAAGGAGCUUACUGGACAUGACAUCUUUGGCCCUCCCCCGGAAAUAGUACCUCGUUCAGUGGUAUCUGCUCACACCCCUGAAUCAAGAGCCAGCAAAGACAUGGGAGAACCUGCACCUAGAAAUCUACGAACAUCGGUCAAAGUUUCAAAUCCUGCUGGGGGUCAGAGUAAUAUCCUGUUCAGUGAAGAACCUGUUGUCAAGACUACAAAGAAAAUACACGGCCAGAAGUUUGCUGAGUUGAAAGGAAACAACAUUUUUAAGGGAGAUGUUCCUCCAGGAUCAGCUGAGAAGCCACUGAGCGUGGCCAAGCUCAGGGAAAUGAGCGGCAGCAACAUUUUCUCUGAUGGAAAGGCAUCAUCCAGAGAUUAUCUAGGAGGUGUUCGCCAACCACCCGGUGGUGACAGCAGCAUUUCCUUGGUUUGAAUCCCUAAUGUCUAACGUGUUGUGAUACAUUAGAAUCUAUGGUUGAGCUUGAUCGUUCAUGAUCAGCAUUGCGUCUCUAGGAGUUGUGACUUAUGAGUGAGUAGUGAUAAUCUUAGAAACUUCGCAUGGCUUGUAGAUGAAAAUGUGUGUACUUUAGGAUAAUUGGGAAUUGGGGGUUGCGUUUUGCGACGGUAUGUUUUAACGCUGUUAUUUCAAGUUCGCUUGCCCUUUUUCCAGGACUGAGUAUUAAUAAAACUGUUAUUUUACAAAUUAAUUUACAAA